AUGUCCAAGAGAGGGCAAACUGUUUUCUCUGGUGAUGGAGGUGCUGCGAGCGGCGAGGAGUCAGCAGGGGAAAUGAUCUGGCCGCCACCGUCUUUUGAUAAAGCCCAGAAAGGUCCAUUAGUGCCACAUGGAAAAAAGAAACGCUACCACUCAGCCUCGUUCAGCCACUCGGGUACAAACGGUCUUACAAUCGAUGGAAUUCCUUCUGACUUGCAUAAAUUAACGGCUGCACUUCACAAAGUCCAGCUCUCUGGUAGUCGUUUGCCUUAUGGCAAAAAUAGCAAAAAGUCACGAGAUGGACGUAAAUUACCUAGCAAGCGUGGUGGAAAGCAUGACGAUCCUACUGACGUUUUGGAUGAGAUCGAGUUGGAUCCUGAGGACCCUGAUUUUGAUUCUGAUGUGGACGCACCUGUUACGUUUGAUGAGUUUCAGCCAACUCUGGCUGAUGAUAUAUUUGAAAAGACUUUCAUUUCAUUGAUGAACGAAUUUUUCAUACACGGCAAAACUCAGGAGGUUAUUGAUGUUCUUUCGGAUAUGAGUCUUGCGGGACAUCACCGUCGUCGACUUCCAUAUUUGGCAAUUACUCUUGCCAUUCAACAUCGACAAACACAAUGCGAGCUAACAUCAGAACUGCUGUCAGACAUGUGUGGCAAAGUCCUCAAUCAUGCUCACAUUCAACAAGGAUUCCAACUUGUUUUCAGUGAAAUUGGUGAUCUCAUCAUUGAUGUCCCCAAAGUGCCUGAGUAUAUUGGGCGUUUUAUAGCAAGAGCAGUUACAGAUGAUAUCCUCCCUCCCAAAUUUAUUGAGCUGCAGAGAAAUAUUCUAUCUCAGGUUUCACCUAGUAGCAGCCCUCUCCAGACUGAGACAGGCGAAUCGGAAAACGCUAUCACGGUCUCUACUACAUCAAAUGAUUCCAACUCACAAAAUACAAUUCGAGUUGGUACUCGCAACUUUAGUGACAGCAGUUCUGGUGGCUCAGUAUCUGUGGACACCUCUGCUAGCAGUGGUAUUGGCUCUGCAUCAAGCUUGAUAACCGUCAAUAUGUCCCGUCCAGACCUAGCUCUUCAGGCUCUGAACAGAGCUGAAAGUAUUCUAACUCUAAGACAUGCCUAUGCUAGAUUGGAUAACAUUUGGGGUGUACCCGCUGGCCCAAAAGCUACAAAAAUGCUAGUGAAAAAAAUCAAAAGAUUAGUCAAGUCAUUCAUUGAAUCAAAUGAUAUUGACGAAGCUACUGCAGCACUGUUAGAACUAGAUGCUCCUCAUUUUCGACAUGAACUUGUUUUCCAGUCAAUUAUAAUGGCUAUAGAAAUAAGCACAGAGGAUGCACGUGAACGUGUUAUUCGUUUACUGAAGGAAUUAUGUGCUUCAGUUGUUUUGACAAUAGACCAGUUAACUCUGGGUGUCAAACGUGUUUAUGCUGAAUUACCAGACCUACAAAUAGAUGUACCUGCUGCGUACACGUUAAUGGAAUUAUUUAUGAACGGAGCCAUUAAAGCUGGUUUCAUACCAAGAAAGUUAGCUAACGAAUUUACUACCAAACCUCGUAAACGUUUCAUCUCAGAGACUGAUUCAAUCUAUAGAACUAAUAGUUCGAAACCCUGGUGA